UUUUCCAGAAGCGCAGAUGCUUUCCUGUAUCUGGUAGUUUAGUCCUCAACGGUUAGACGGCAAGUAUUGACUUUGCAUAGUAUAGUAGAGAUUCCACCCUGUUGGGAACAAUGGAGGAGGAAAGUAACGACACUUUCUUCGAGUUUAUGAACGAGACUGUGUACUAUAACAACGAGUCGGCUCCAAACGCCACGUACCCGCCGUAUCUGGGAGCGUACACCAUCCUGUUCAUGCUGGAGUUCUCCGUACCCGUGCUGACCGUAGCGACUCUCACCGUCCUGCUGGGCACCACCGGGAACGUCCUGGUCAUCUUCUCGGUGUGCCGCUACCGUCGGCUCCGCAGCAGCAUCAGCUUCUACCUGGUGAGCCUGGCCACGGCAGACCUGUUCCUGUGCUGCGUCUUCACCCCGCUGAAGACUGCCGAGUACUUCCUGCCGGAGUGGCCGUUCGGCCCGGUGAUGUGUAAGGCCGUGGCGUACAUCCAGCUCCUGUCCAUGAGCAGCUCCGUAUUCACCCUCACAGCCAUCGCGUACGAACGAAACUACAUCAUCGUGUAUCCGAUGAAGGCCAAGAGCGCAUGCACCAUGAGCCGGACCCGCCGGGUCAUCGCCCUGAUCUGGGUAACUUCACUGAUCCUGAGCGCCCCCGUGCUGUAUGGACAGCAACUGCAGCGUUACGACUGGCCUGUUUACACGGCCUACCACUGCCAGAAGGGCUGGCCCGGCCCGCUGUACUCCCGUCUGUACGCCAUCUACGUCGCCAUCUUCCUCUUCUUCAUCCCUGUUAUCGUCAUGGUGGCCGCCUACGGCAGGGCCUCCUUCGAGCUGUGGGCCAGCGAAGAGGUGACCAAGAGCACGCCCAACAGCUCAGGGCGUGGCGACAGCCGUGACUUCCAGCGCACCCACCUGUCCACCAUCAGCCCCUUCAGCGGCAAGUUUUCCAGAAAGAACUCCAAACUGGAGAAGCAACAGGUGAUGAAGAUGCUGCUGAUGGUGGUGUUCCUGUACACCAUGUGCUGGGCGCCGAUCCUCCUCCUCAACAUGCUGAUUGAGUUCUCGGCCAUCAACAAGAACACACAGUUAGUCUGGGCUCUCCAAGCCACGUUCGAGCUACUGGUGUACAUCAAUAGUUGCGUCAAUCCCAUCUGCUACGCCUUCAUGUCACGUCACUUCCGGGACGGCUUCCGGAAAGCUUGCCUGUCGUGCUUCUGCGGGCGCCGCCUGGCGAUGAAGCUGCAACUGCAGGGCCGCCCCCACCUGAAGUACCAGCACAGCGCGGUCACCAGCAGCACCGGGUCAGAGACGUUCCACUCCUUCUGACUAAGGCAGGAGCUGCAGAACAUGCUGUCACUGGUGACGUUACCCGCCAUGCCGAGCGACAUCUUCGAGAUGAAGGAACUGAAGCAUGGGAAGAACCACCACAAGACUCAAGGGCGGUCAACUGUCACGGCGCUGUCGCCUCGUUUGCCCCGUAGAAGAGGGACACCUUGCACGCACCGUCGUCACCAAGUUAAGUCCAGGGAGGUAUCGAUGGCCGUUCACAGCACACAGAUUAGAUAACCGUUUGCAUAGAUUUUAGACUUAAAAGUCUUUGCAAGCACUCUAAUAGCUAAUAGAUAUGAUAGAUGACCGAAAUAGGUAUAUGACUCCGCCCCAGAUGCGUGUCCAAAAAUAAUACACUAAGAGUACGAUUUUUCUGGGUUAGAGGGACAGAUUGAUUUUUGAGCUCGAAGAGAAAUGAAAGUUUUAUGAU